AUGAUAGCAUCCCAAGACAACCAUGACAACUUCGCAAAGGUGACACCACAACCCGGAAACUGCUGCGACAUCACCAGUGACGCGUCUGCCGAAAGGCCAACUGGGCACCACAGAGGGGGAGAGGAGGAGAUCACAAUGAGCGGACAGCCAGCCCGGAGAAGGCGAGGGCAUUCGCUAGCAAGCACCAAGACCGUGCUUCUUUCUUUAUUAUCAGCAUCACCAACUGCCAUGGCCGCCUGCAUUUCACUGCAAGGAUCUAAAGCUUGUCCGGCCUGGCAGUCAGCUUCCAUUACAACUUCCAAUGGUCGUCUGAACGGUAUCUUUCGUUUCUUAUCAUUCGUUUCUAGCACCGAGACUUUCGAUCAACGCUUAUUGACUUUUGUGCAAUCGGACUAUGUCCAAGAAAAAUAUCAAACCCUGCUUGGUUGCGGGGAUUUUGAUCUCACCAACACCACCGAGCUCUACGCGCGUUUCACAACUACUGUAAUAUGUAAUACUAUCGUGCAAGAAUCGAUAGCAGAUUGCAGUCUCGCCCCCGAAGACUCUCGACCUGUGUGCGCGGAAACAUGCUCACAAUUUGCCGAGGCCGAGACGUACGUUGUCAGUGACAACACGCUCUGUCCCAACCCCGGUAGGAACGCAAAGGAGCAGAUCAGAGCCGACUUUACGGACUGCUCAUCGCCUGACAAUGCGCUUUCCGGACGCUCCUGUAUCCAGGGUAUCGCCAACGAGCCCGAGAACUGCGGGUAUGGUAGUAGCACCAUUGGUCUGUGUUGGUACUGCGCUAAGGGCGGCAUCAACUCGACCGAUAGUUGCUGCUACAACUCGAAUGCCGAUUCGAGGUGUGCUGGCGUCGUUUUGCCCUCGAUCACACCUACCUUUGUACUUCCCACAAACACAGCACUGCCGCCCUCGAACGAGCAAAACGACGCUGAGAAGACCGGGCUAGGAGGGGGACCCAUCGCUGGAAUUGUGAUUGGAUCGAUUGGCGGUGCUGCGCUGUUGGCAUUGGGCAUCUUCCUCUGUUGGCGGCGGCGUAGGCAGAGGCAGGGAAGCCAGAGCGGAAGCGUCUUCAAUCAACCAUCGCCUGCUAGGAAAGGGCCGGCCGUUCCUCAAAUGGCUCAGCCAGGAACACCAGGACAGCCAGGUGUGCCGCCGGGCUUUGAGGCUCUACCGGGCGGUAGAAUAGCCCGGAUGUCGGCACUCGAGGGACACUCGGCCGAUGCACCAUCACACCACGUUGGCCGAGAUAUCGCCACAGCCACGUCUGCCGGCUACAGUAGGAGGAGCGACAGAAGAAGAGGCGACGAUCAUUCCUCCUCUGACGGGUUUGGGUCCAGCCCAGAAUCAGACCGCGGCACGGGGAUUGGAGUUCUCAGACCUCCGCCAACUGCUCUCAGGAGGAAUGGUUCGCUCUCUAGCAGCUCGGUGCUGAAUAGUGAUGAGCCGCACUCCCCAACUAGUGGUGGGAUGUCCUCUCCCCAAGGUAUGGCCAGCCAGCAGUCCGAGCAGCUGCCAUUCUUCAGAGACUACUAUUCGCAAGACGAAAUUCACCCUGGCGAUAGGGUGGCUGUGCUGUGGGCAUAUCAACCGCGUGCCCCUGACGAGUUCACUUUGGACCGCGGGCAUAUGCUCAAGGUUGUGGGUAUUUGGGACGAUGGGUGGGCGACGGGUAUUCUGUUGGACGAGAGAGCGGAGGAGUGGGAGGCUCGCAGGAAUGCUCAGCGAGACAGCGGGGUCUCGAACACAUCUGGCAGAGUGGCAUCGACUUCUCCACCAGCGAACGGUGAAAUCAAGGCGUUCCCCCUCGUGUGUGUCUGCCUGCCAGAGCAUUGGAGACGGACGAUCGAGGGCGAUGGGUCUACCGAGACGGGAUCUAGCAGCCACCCGCUGACGACAACAACUGGGUCCUGA